AGAGAAUAUUGUGACAACUGUCCCUGCAAUGACGCGAAAGAAAAUCCCAAGCACAUAAUUUAUAUUUGACAAGCUUUAUGGCUGGUAGUACGAAACUUGAUCAACAGUUCAUCUACUUUGCCAAAUUUGGUUCAGAGAAAGCAGACGGAAAAACAAUCACCAUCAUUCAGAUAGACAAGUGGUUCAAGCAAGCAGAACUUUUCGACAGGAGACUCACAAUGACAGAUACCGGGGUACUCUUUAACGAAUUCGAGUCAAGAACAAUCACAUAUCCGCAAUUUUUAAUUUUUUUGGAUAAGCUGAACAAACAGAAGAAAAUUCCACUUGAUGUGAUUAAAGAGAAGCUACAGACAUGCGGAUUGCCUGGUGUUACUAAAAAGAAAGAGCAAGAUAAAGAUAAAGAGCAGGAAAAUAAGGAGAGCUAACAUCAAUAUAAGUAAAUAUUAGCAGUUUAGGCAAACUAGUUGGGCAUUUCAAGAAGUAAAUCCCUUAUCUAGUUUGUUUAAACAAAUAUCGGGGUAUUGGUUAUAUUCACAUAAGUACAUACCAAUAUAGAUUGUAUAAACGAAUUAUAUAUUGUAACAAUAUACAUUGAAUAGGUAUUAAAGAGUUCAAAAGCCC